AGUAGAUGGGGACGUUUUGCAAAACAGUUCACCAACUUUUACUCGUUUAAGUAAUCAAUCUCACCUUCAAAUUCUAUUUAACUUCUAUAUAAGGAAGUUGAUUACAAGAAGAAAAGAAAGAAAAAACGAGAUUAAGGAGGCAAGGCCUGGAAAGAUAGAAACUACUUUGAGCAAAAAAAAAAAAAAAAAACAAAUGGAUCACGGAAAGCCAACAGUUUGUGUUCUUGAUGCUUCAACCUAUGUUGGCUUUUGGAUUCUCAAAGGACUAUUGAGUAGAGGUUACACGGUUCAUGCAGCUCUUCAGAAAAACGGAUCAGAGACAGAGAUAGAGAAGAAAAUUAAGGAAAUGGAAAGAGUGGAGGAGAGAUUAUCAGUUUUAACAGUGGAUAUCCUGGAUUACCAGACCAUUCUUGUUGCUUUGAAGGGUUGCUCUGCUUUGUUCUGUUGUUUAGAUUGUCCAGAUGGUUAUGAUGAUAUAAUUGUGGAUUUGGAAGUAAGGGGAGCAAUCAAUGUAGUGGAGGCAUGUGCACAAACAGAUACCAUAGAGAAGAUUGUGUUCACUUCUUCCUUAACUGCAGCUAUUUGGAGAGACAAUAUUUGUUCAGAGAAAGAUGUAGAUGAGAGGUGUUGGAGUGAUCAACAUUGCUGCCGGAAAAUGAAGUUGUGGUACGCGCUUGCUAAAACACUCUCCGAGCAGGCUGCUUGGGCUCUUGCUAUGGAUCGAAUGCUUAACAUGGUUUCUGUCAAUGCUGGACUAGUUCUUGGCCCUGGCGUUGCACAACAAAAUCCUCGUUCAACCAUGUCAUAUCUUAAAGGAGCUGCUCAAAUGUUUGAAAAUGGAGUUCUAGCUGUUGUUGAUGUGAGCUUUUUAGCUGACGUUCAUAUUCGAGCAUUUGAAGAUCCUUCGACAAUCGGAAGAUACUUUUGCUUCAACAAGAUAGUGAAUACUGAGGAAGAAGCUGUUAAACUUGCACAAAGUCUGAGCCCUUUGUUAUCUUUACCACGCAAGAAUGAAUGCCAAGGGAGUGAGGUCUAUGCUGAGAGGUUGAGGACCAAGAAAUUAGAUAAACUGGUUGAGGGCACUGCAUAAUUGUAAUUUCUUAACAUUAUUACUUGAUGUAUAGUAUAUAUUGUCAGUCAGACAAAAUGUGCUGAUUUUUCUCUCAUCUUUCUUUCUUCCAUAAUUCUAACAUUCAAAAUUUCCCUUAAUUGUCCAUACAAAAAAUGUGGAGUACCAAUUGUGUUGGCUCAAAUUUUUC